AUGGCACAUUAUAAAGGAGCUGCCAGUGAGGCUGGAAGAGCCAUGCAGUUAAUGAAGAAAAGGGAGCAAGAAUUGCAAGAUAUGGAAAUAAGAAAAAAACGUAUUGAAGAGGAUCUUAAAUUGAAUAAUAUUGAGAAUAAAUUUGCCACUCAUUAUGAUGCUGUGGAACAACAGCUUAAAAGCUCUACGAUAGGUUUAGUUACUUUGGAUGAAAUGAAGGCAAAACAAGAGAAUAUUGUUAAGGAGAGGGAGAAAAGGUUAGCACAAAAACUAGCAGAAAAAGAACGGGAAAAACUAAGACAAAUGGAGGCAAAACAGGCUAUGAAAAAUAAACAGAAAAAACAGAUCCAAGCAUUAUCUUUCAAUUUGGAUGAAGAUGAUGAGGAUAAUGAUGGCUCAGAUAAUGAAGAAGACUUAAAAACAAAAACGUUAAAAAGAGAAAACGAUGAAGAACCACAAAUACCUAAAAAAAUCAAGAAAGAUCCAAACGUCGAUACAAGUUUUCUUCCUGAUCGCGAACGUGAAGAAGAAGAACAUAGAUUAAGAGAAGAAUUAAGGCAACAGUGGGCAGAACAACAGCAAAAACUAAAAGAGGAAGAAAUUGAUAUAACUUUCAGUUAUUGGGAUGGUUCAGGACACAGAAGAACAGUUAGGGUGAAAAAAGGAAACUCUAUUUAUCAGUUUUUGCAGAAGGUUUUAGAAUUGCUGAGAAAGGAGUUUUCUGAACUUAAAACUGUAAUGGCUGAUCAACUUAUGUAUGUUAAGGAGGAUCUCAUACUACCUCAUCAUUAUACAUUCUAUGAUUUUAUUGUUACAAAGGCAAGAGGUAAGAGUGGCCCCCUCUUUCAAUUUGACGUUCAUGAUGAUGUAAGAUUAACUAGUGACGCGUCCAUAGAAAAAGAAGAAUCCCAUGCUGGUAAAGUUUUAUUAAGAAGUUGGUAUGAGAGAAACAAACAUAUUUUCCCUGCAAGUCGAUGGGAGCCAUUUGAUCCCACAAAAACUUAUGACAAAUAUACUGUUUCCGAUAAAACUAAGAAAUAA